AUGCAUACGGCCCAUGUUGCACAGGGUCGCGAACCAAAACCGCUCUUGGUGACCAUUGUCAGCUUGGAUUUCUACAUCGCAAAGCCAGGUGUGGGCGAUCAAGCUCGAUCUCCAUCAACAGGCAAGGUGCUGAAGGAAGUACCGGUCAUCCGGGUGUUCGGCCACACCGAUACCGGACAGACUGCUUGCACUCACAUUCACGGCAUCUUCCCGUUCUUCUACAUUCAGGUGAACUUGGCCCAGAUAGAGGAGAUCGGUCAGGAGCACGGGCGCGAGGGGUUCCUACAAACCUUCGCCGAUGGCCUCGAGCACGCAAUGUGUCUGCACCAGACCAGCUUGGUUGCACAACGUGCCAAUUUCGCCACUUGGGGUACACGAGAAAGAUCGUAUGUGUACGACCUGCGGUGGGUGACUGGCUGGCAGUCUGUGUACGGAAGUAGCGGACACGGCAGAGGCGAGGACGGGGACGAGCGUGACGAGCUCUUUAUCCAAAUCUGGGCCUCACAACCUCAGUAUGUGGGACUGAUGGCGCAUCUCUUGCAGCAAGGCGCCGUGCUGUCCACAUCUUUUCAACCCUUCGAGGUGCACUUGCCAUACCUGCUGCACUUCUUGGACUCAUUUGGACUUGGUGGCAUGAGGGAGCUUGUUGUCGAUCCUACACGAAUCGCCUUGCGUGGUGAACUUCCCGAGCAAGCCUUGUCGACUUUUCCUUGGCAUCCUCAGUGGGUUUCCAAGUUGGGCUCUGGCGCCCGAGAACGAUUGCUGAGAAGGCGCUCCUUGGAGCGCCCGUGGUGGUGUGACCGAGCCGCCUCUGAGUCCAGGCCCAAGUCUGUACACCCGCGUGCAACCACCUGUGAGGUGGAAGUCGACUGCAGUGCGACGGACAUUCUGCCUCCUCUCUCGUCUACCGCCAGUGAGAUGCCAAGCUUCGAAGCCCAAGAAGCUACCGUUCGAGACCAUACACGUGGCUGGAUAUGCGACACGCUACGAGAGCUGUGGAGGGACGAGGAACGCCGCUGCACAGUGCUGGCGCAGCCCGUUCCAUGGGACCCGGCUCCACGCCAGCCCGGAGUGCCGGGACCGGGCGCAGCAGCCCUCACGCCGGAUGUGAUGGAAGAGUGCAUGAUGCAGCGACUUAAGGUCUUGCUGGAAGGCCAAAGGCACGCCGCACCAGCUCGAACCAUCGGAGAGUCUGUGUCACCGGGACGUGGAAGCGAGGCAGCGGGUGCUUGGACGCAGCAGGACAUGGCGCAGGCCGACACCAAGUGCAAGGUCUCGCCUAAGUUUGUGAGAGCACUGGAGACCUUGGAGGUGGCGCUUUCACAGCAAGUGGAUCCGCCGGCGGAUGAAGCAACGACGGCCCUGCUGGAUCAAGGCUAUCAGCAAAGCGAUCCGCAGGACGACACGGCUACCGAGCCUGAGACGGACUGCGGCACCACAGAGUUGGACGAAGACCAGGAGGCCGAAGCGUUGGACGCCGAGCUGGCGGCGGCGGAGUCGACGGAGUGUGCUCCGACACAGCUGGACUUGGUGACGCAGGCCGACUUGCCGAAAAGGAGUCAGACGUCCAUGUCACCUGUGAGGCCGGCUGAUCUUUUUCCGAUCAUAGCGGAUGCCGUCCAGAGUUCCGAACAGGGUCCACUACCACCAGCAAAAGGUUUCUUUUCAGAGCCUGAUGACAUGGGCACCUUGGGCCCAGCGGCUACCGAGCAGGCCGGUGUAUGGGAGUAUUGGCAGCCGCCACCCGCGUACGAGGCCAGCGCGCGGUUGAACGUCAAGCGUCUGCAAGACGACGAAGGAGACGACGUAAUCACCAAGUUUGACAAUGCGGGCCGGUUGACUACCCUUCGGCGCAAGGCGGCAACGGAGAAUCAAGGAAAGCGGUUACAGCGAAGCAGACAGGCUUCCCUUUCUGAGGCAACACCACCGACGCCAGCUCCGCCAAAGCCACUAUGCCAGGCUUCAGACUCUGCACCUCUCUUCGGCACCCUGCUGACCAUCGAGGUCCUAGAGCUCCCAAGAGCCGGCACUGCACAGCCGUUUCAGAGCGAUGCUAUUGGUGCCGUGGCUUUCUGCGUCCGUGACGAGCGGGUUCGGAGUCUGCUUGCCGAAGAUGGAGAAGACUACCAGGACGGCCUUGGCCUGAUCUGCAUCGAGGGCUCAGAGACUCUGAAGAUUGAUUCCGCUGUCGUGGUGAAGGAGGUUGCUUCGGAGGUUGACAUCUUCAGCGCACUGACGGACGUUUUCCGGGAAACAGAUCCAGCUGUCGUUAUGGGAUAUGACGUCGUAAAAGGAUCCCUUGGACGACUAAUUUCCCGUGCCCAGACAUUGGGCCUGAGAGGUUUCUCGCAAGACCUGGCGCGUGCAGCAGCCAAUUCAAGGACUGGUGGUCAACAGGAGGCUGCAGCAAUGUCCAGCCAGGUUGCAGAUACUCACGGCAGCCCCGAGCAAGCAGGUGCACCUCGCAAACUGUAUCCCCCGGAACAGAUGAGUGGAGGCCUUGAGUUGCCUGGCCGGUUGGUUCUCAACGUUUGGCGGGUGCUGCGAGCUGAGGCCAAGCUGCCAACGAGCUCUUUGCACACUGCUGCGGAAGUGCUUCUUGGAGAGACCCUUCCACUGCUGCCGUCAGAAGCUUUGGCUGACCGUUGGAGCAGCAAUCUCGUCCAACGCAGGCGGGAAGCAGCUGAAGUCUUGCUAUGCAAGGCAAGAUGCAGCUUGCGACUGCUCGAUGCGCUAAAUGUGCUCCCGCGUGCGGCGGAGACUGCGAGGAUGCUGGGCAUAGACGUGCUGAGCGUUUUGUGCAGAGGAUCCCAGUUUCGCGUCGAAGGGCUGUUGACUCGGGCAGCCCACCAAGAGCGAAUGCUGCUUCUCUCACCUUCCAGGUCUCAGGUCGCUGGCCAACGCGGUGCAGAAUGCAUACCUUUGGUGAUGGAGCCACGAAGUGGGUUUUAUUUCGACCCAGUCGUUGUUCUGGAUUUCCAGUCGCUGUACCCUUCAAUUAUAAUCGCCUACAACCUCUGCUUCUCCACCUGCGCGGGUCGCCUUCAGGAUAUCGGUGCCCAAGCCAAAUUGGGGGUGCUGGAGGCAUACGAGCACGCCGCCCUGAGGCUCCAGGACGUCUUUGUGACGCCAAACGAGGCUGUCUUCAUCAAGCGAGAAAAGAAGCCUGGAAUACUGCCUCGAAUGCUGCAUGAGAUUCUGCAGACGCGAAUCAUGGUCAAGAAGGCUUUGAAGGUUUUACAGAAGGAGCAGAAGGAAGCUGGAGUGGCUACAGAGGCAAGAUCACGACUGCUGGACGCGAGGCAGUUUGGCCUCAAGAUGAUCGCGAACGUCACGUAUGGCUACACCGGCGCAUCCUUCAGCGGUAGGAUGCCUUUUGUGGAGCUUGCUGAUGCCAUAGUUCAAACUGCCAGGCGCACAUUGGAAAGAGCCGUGCGCUGGGUAGAGGCGGAGGUGUCCGGAGCCGAGGUCCUUUACGGUGACACCGACUCGAUGUUCGUCCGGCUACCUGGGCGAUCCAAGGAAGAAGCUUUCAAGGAAGGAGCAAGGAUAGCCAGAGAGGUGACGAGCCACAACCCGACCCCUGUGGAGCUUCAGAUGGACAAGGUGUACUGGCCCUGUUGUCUCGCCUCCAAGAAGAGAUAUGUCGGCCAUGCUUGGAUGUCGCCUUCCGAUGUUGCGCCGAUUUUUGACGCCAAGGGCAUUGAAACCGUCCGCAGGGACCAAUGUGCAGCAACGCAGCAUAUCCUUCGCGGAGCUCUUGAAGUCUUCUUUGAAUCUCGGGGCAAUCUAUCCACCCUGAAGCAAUACAUCCGGAGACAUGUGGACAGGAUGCGUGAGGGUCGCUUCAGCGUGCAGGAUUUCAUUUUCCACCAUGAGGUCAGGCCGCCCGACGAGUACAAGGGUCUUGGGCCAUUGGCAGCCCAGGCUGUCCGACGAAGCGGCGCUUCAUGGCCUUCUCCUGGCGAGAGGUUCUCUUUCGUCGUCGCAGAAGGUCCGCCAGGGUCGAGGCUGGCCGACGUGGCAGUCAUCCCAGGAGAAGUGACUGGUGGACGUCCGGUGCAAGCAGAAGUAGAGGCAGGUCGCACGCCUUUGUACGUGAACAUCGAGUAUUAUCUGGAGCGUCAGAUUGGUCCAGCACUUCAUCGCUUAUUUAUGCUCAUCAGAGGACCAAACGGGCUACAAGGGCAGGUGGACGUCCGCCGUUGGAUCACGGAAGGACCUCGUCCAAGACGGAGGGAUGUGGCAGCGAGCACCCUGCGCAGUUCCUGCUCAUCUGCCUCUGCUAUGCUCAACAUGGCCGCGGGCUUUACUUGCCAGGCAUGUGGACAAAAAGCAGGUGCCAGGAUUAGUGGCACUGCCGGUCUUUGUGCUGAGUGCCAGCGUGGAGGAGCAGUCCAACGGCUUCUUGAUGGUAUGUCUCAACGGAGCCACUGGGAGAAACGUGUGGAGGGAUGUCGUGAAGCUUGCAUGCGUUGCAGCAAUUCUGCUGCCAUGGAGGAGGAUUGCCGCAACAUCUACUGCAAAGUCUUUUUUCGCAAGGUCAAUGCACAACUGCAGCUGAGCGGCUGCGUCGUCCCGAAGUCAUGGCCGGCUGCAGUAGAUUGGUGA